AUUUUAUCUAAAGCUUCUCAAAAAUGGUCAAUGCUUUCCUCAAGUUAUGUCUUUUCGUGGUUGUUGUCUCCUGUCUUGUUGGACAAUCUUAUGCUGGUCCUUUGGCAUACGGUAUUUGUCAAACAGGAUGUAACGCUUUAGUAGUAACAUGCUACACUGCCGCUGGUGCAGUUUUUGGAACUGUCACUGCGGGAGCUGGUGUUCCUGCCGCUAUCCUCGGUUGUAAUGCUGGUCUCGGUUUGUGCAUGGCUGGCUGUAUCGCUGCUGGAUUUGCUCCAACUCCAUAAGUUUCUUUCGCAUCUAUUUGGUUUUUUUUUUCACAAUUCCUUUUUAUCCAAUAGCGUAUCACAAUUUUGUCUCUGACAACACUUUUUUUUUACCAAUAUAACUAAAAAAACAUUCUACUAAAUAAAAGUCUAUUCAUAAAUAAUGAUAAAUCUGCUAUAA